CUGGACCUGCUGACUGAACGCUCCAAACAGAAGAGACCUCAGGCAAAAGCAUCUGAAGCUCCUGCCAAACGUGUGGUUAAAGCUGGAGCUCUGAAGACGCCUUUCAUCAAAGUGGAGGACAGCAGCAGGAGGUUCAGGCCUGUCUACUCUCACUCUAUGAGUGUUCCAGAGCUGAACUACGGAGCUCGCUUCAGUCCCUUUGAACCGCCCGCAAGCCACGCCCACAAAGCCAAACACACACCUCAAGAACCACCUGUGCCUCAAGCACAGAACAGAGAUGGGAGUCCCUGUGGCAGUGCAGACCUGGCGCCCCCCCCCACUGCGCCCCCCCUCCGCAGGAAGAGCUCAGGCUACUGUGAGUGCUGCCAGAUGGCCUUCACCGACAUGGAGCAGCAUGUGAAGUGUGAGCAGCAUCUGCGUUUUGCAGAGCACUCUGCUAACUAUGCCGUUCUGGACCAGCUGAUUGGCUCCCUGGAGUGCCUGUUCCUCUUUAGCACCGCCCACUCCCAAGACUUCCAGCUAUCCUCCAGCUCCUCUCAGUGUAUCUUGGUGACUUCGGACCUUGAGCUCAAGAUGUCGGGCCAAAUCAACCAGGACGCUCUGACGCACAGCCACACACACUCACACACACACACACACAGCCCAGAGAAGCUGGCAGUCACACACACCCUUUCACACGCACAGAACUCUCAGGUGCAGACACAUACACACACCCUCACACACACACACAGACCAGAAAACUCCACACAACAGACCAUCCCCUAUCCAGACACCCCCACCCUGAGUGACACAGCCAACCCCCCCACACUGAACCCCCCCACACUGAACCACCCCACCCUGAACCCCCCCACUCUGAACCCCCCCACACUGAGUGACACACCCACAGUGAACCCCGAGCACAGUGAGGAGGAGGAGGAGCAAGGAGAGGAGAGGAAGAUGAAGCCCCUCCCCUCCCAGAGCCACACCCCUGUGGUACCGCACACCAACCCAUCAGACCCCUCCCACCUGUGUAAGUCCCUCCCCUCCCAGGACCCUAGCCACACCCCUCCUGCACAUCAUGACACCCCAUCAGACCCCUCCCACCUGUGUAUGCCCCUCCCCUCCCAGGGCCCGAGCCACACCCCUCCUGCACAUCAUGACAACCCAUCAGACCACUCCCACAUCCUUAUGCCCCUCCCCUCUGUCACAUUCAGCCCUGCCUCCUCAUCUGCUGCAGUGCUGCUAUUGGUGGAACACAAGAUGGGGGCGGAGCCGAGAGAGAAUCAGGCCAACAGACUGGAGGUGGGCUCGUGUGUAGAGACUCUGAAAUCUGAUUGGCCCUCGGAAAGGACUGACCCCUCCCCUCCAGUGCUGUUGCCAUGCCAACCAGAGUGUGACACAAGUCUGCGGAAACGCAGUCAGGUGGAAUGUGCUAACCCCGCCCCCAAACGACGCCGAACCGCCUUUGAGUCCCUGAGGACCCCGCCUCCUCCUCUGACUCCUCCCCCUCACCUGGUCACUUCCUGUCCGACUGACCUGGAGCCCCCACUGCUCCACCCCUACUUCCACUAUGACACGCCCCCAGAGGCGCAUCAGCAGUGCCCCAGCAGCCCCCCCUCCCUCUCUCCCUGCCCCAGCCCACACCCCUCGCACCCCUCGUACCCCCCCUGGUCGUCGGAGUCGGACUGGGACCGCGGCCUGCUGCUGCGCCUCACUCCUGCAGUGCCUGCGGCCGCCUCUGAGGGGCGCCAGAGAGCGGAGCUGGAGCUGAUGCUGCUGCAGAGUUGCACCGGCCUUAAGGACGGCAGCUACCACAGCCGCCUGUGCACCGCUCUCUCAUGAGUGUGUGUGUGUGUGUGUGUGUGUGUGUGUGUGUGUGUGUGCGUGUGCGUGUGUGCUAUGCUGUGUGUGAUAUCUGUAAACGCAGGAAAUUAUGCUAUUCCAAUGUUUUUAAUCAAUGUGUGUGUGCGCCAGUUGGUGGAAGUAUAGGAUGUCCAGUGUAUCGAGUGUGUGUGUCCUCCGUCUCUCUAAACAUGUUUACAAAGAGGUUUGCUUGGGUGAGUGUGUGUGUGUGGAGACAGGACAAAAAGAAGAAACGUUUAGAGUGUGCCAGGCUGUGUGUGUGUGUGUUUACAUCUCGUUAGACAUCACUACUGCUCUGGACUGUGUGUGUGUCCUUCAGCCUGGGGUGGAAGCAGCAGUUAAGUGAAAUGUUAGCAGAGUGUGUGCAGGGUUAUCUUUCCACACACACACCACCUCUAAUCCCUCUCCAGCGUGUGUGUGUGUGUGUCCCUCAACACUCUGGAACAAUCCUGAGUAUUUUAUGAGCUGGGCAGUAGGG